UGUAAAAGCACACCGGAUCGGCUCAGUUUCGCUCAGUUUGUGUUCGGUGCCAUCUGGAGAGUAUACAGUGUGGAGUAUGAGCAGUGGAUUGGAUAUACUGAGUGGGUCCCUUCGUGUGCGAAACGGAUGCGGAGUGGGCUCAGGCCCUUACACCUUUUGCAGAGCCAAUGAAGUCAAAGCAUGUCCCAGUCUAAUGUCACCGGAAACCAAAAGGCUCCUUCCCCCCAACACCGAAACGGUUCAAACCAAACCGUUUCCGAUCAGAGGUGAAAGAGCCAACUAUGUCAACAGCCCCCACGUCAUCGCCAUGGUGGGGCUCCCUGCGCGGGGGAAAACCUACAUCUCGAAGAAGCUGUCUCGGUACUUAAACUGGAUCGGCAUCAAUACCAAAGUGUUCAAUUUGGGCGAAUAUCGCCGUCAUGCGACCACCGCCUACAAAAACCACGAUUUCUUCCGCCCCGACAACCAAGAAGCGAUGGCUUUGAGACAGCAAUGUGCCAGAGAGGCCCUCCAGGACGUGUGCAAAUGGCUGGAAUCCGGGGGUGAAGUCGCCGUGUUCGACGCUACCAACUCAACAAUAGAACGAAGAAGGUUGAUCCAGGAAUAUGUUGUAGACAAAAUGGGCUUUAAACUAUUUUUCGUCGAAUCGAUUUGUGACGAUCCCCAAAUAAUCGAGCAAAAUAUCAAAGAAGUGAAAGUCAGCAGUCCUGACUACGUCAAUAUGAACAAGGACGCGGUUUUGGAAGAUUUCCUCUUACGAAUCCAACAUUAUCAAGAACGGUAUCAGCCGCUGGAUGAAGAAAAGGAAAAGAACGUUUCGUUUAUGAAGAUUUACAACACGGGGGAGAAAUGUCUGGUACAUAAACACGAAGGGCACAUCCAAGCGAGGAUUGUGUACUACCUUAUGAACAUCCACAUUACCCCGCGUACCAUCUAUCUAACAAGGCACGGUGAAAGCGAGCAAAAUCUGGAAGGCAGGAUUGGAGGCGACUCCAAUUUGAGUCCCAGAGGAAGGCAAUACGCCUCCGCCUUGUCCAAGUACAUCCAAGAGCAGCACAUUGAAGGCCUCCGAGUGUGGACUUCGUGGCUGAAACGCUCCAUCCAAACAGCUGCGGGAAUAAACGUGCCACAGGAAAGGUGGAAGUCCCUUAACGAAAUCGAUGCUGGCGUAUGUGAGGAAAUGACCUAUGAGGAGAUUAAGGAGAAGUUCCCGGAGGAGUUCGCCUCCCGGGAUCAAAACAAAUUUGCUUACCGAUACCCCCGUGGUGAGAGUUAUGAGGACCUCGUUGGAAGGCUUGAACCCGUAAUUAUGGAACUGGAGAGACAGGGCAAUGUGUUGGUGGUGUCCCACCAGGCCGUGUUGCGUUGUUUGUUGGCGUAUUUCUUGGAUAAAUCUGCUGAUGAAUUGCCUUAUCUUCGUGUUCCACUUCACACCAUAAUCAAAUUGACUCCAGUGGCGUACGGGUGUCGCGUGGAGCACAUAAAACUGUCCAUUGAUGCGGUCGAUACUCACAGAGAGAAGCCAAAGGAACGGGGACAAAACGCCCAACUGGUGUCACUCUAACCAACACAAUAACAAGUCUUAGAUUAGUUAGAUUAGACUUCAAAUACACAGUGUGUUGUGUAGAUUUGUUAGCACACUGUGUCUGUACGCUUCCUGUGCUUCCUUGCUUAGUUGUAGUUUCUAGCAAUUUUGUAAUCAAAAUGUUUUAAGGUUCCUGGUGAAUUGGAGGAAAAAUUCCGAUUCAAGUCACGCAAAACUUGAAGCAAUUGUGCGGCUAAUGCAGAUCGACUGAUACAGGGUGCCUAUUAUAAUUAAAUGAAUAUUUGAUGUGAUGUACCAAGGUUUAGGUUAAUAUAACCGUUUGUGAUGGAGUAGUUAGUCUUUUCGAGAUCUUAUUGUGUACAUUGUUAUUAUUAUUUGCCAUUUUCCAAUUUAUAUCCCCUAGAUGUUAAUAGUUAUUGGUGUAAUUUACCAUAAACGUGGAAUAUAAUUAUCUUAUUUUUA